AGGAAUUAUAGUUACAGGAAUAAUCAAGGAUGCUUUAAUGUAAAUUUGGAUCCCUUACCUUGCACAGACGUGUUCAGUUUUAUAAAUUGUCCAAUUAAAUUCUAUUUAGAUGUGCUUCCAUGUUUAAAUAAAACAAAAACAAUAAUGGUAUAUUUCGAUUAUAAACUUAGAUAUUAUUAUAAAUUACAAUGUAAUUGGAAUAUCAAAAUCUUCACUUUUCUACGGGGAUUUUUCAAUGAUAACUACAAAAGUCUUGAAAUUGAAUACAAAAAAUUUACAAGUACAACAAAGGAUAAAUCUAACACAGUGGAGAAAUCAAUAAAUGUGCGGAGAAAAAAUGUUAGAUUUGCCGUUGGCAUGAUAGUCACUCAUUGCCAUGAUUGCAAUGAUCGUGAUGGCGUAAUAAUUGGAUGGGAUUGUAAAUGUGACAAAAAAUACCUGAAAAAAUUAUACAAGAAUAAUUAUUUCACAGACAAUUGCAUAGCAACUGCUCAAGUCUACGUAGAAGCACUAUUUUAUAGAACACGAGAUGUUACCUAUUGUACUUGUUAUAAGGUGCACUAUAUUCUUCUCACUGAGAAUAAAAAUAUAUGUUAUGUGGAACAAGAUGCAAUACGGCCUUGUCAGCCCAAAAAAAUCGAUAACAUAGAAAUUGGAAAAUACUUUUCCAGUUUUGAAGGUACGCAUUACGUACCGAAUGAAAACUUAAGGAAACGUUAUCCGAAAGAUACUGCUAAAAUAGCCAAUAUACUUGCCAGAAACGGACUAAUUUAG